GCCUGGGAGAAUGCUGCAGAGUCCCUGAAGACCUAUAGCGAGGAGAUGGUACAGCGAUGGAAUGUGGAACUUGAUAACAUGUUGCUUUAUGCCGCACUUUUUUCCGCCAUCCUCACCGCGUUCAAUGUCCAGUCGUAUUCCCUCUUGCAACCCGCCCCUCCCGAUCCAGUGCUGUCUGCCCUACAGCGGAUUUCCACCCAACUCGGUAGUUUCUCGGUAACACCCACCACCAUCAACUCAACGGUGCCGGCUUUCAUCUCCAAGGACUCUACCCCCCCUUCGGCUGCUGACAGAACAGCUGUCUGGCUCAACACUCUCUGGUUCUCGAGUCUGAUCCUCAGCACCACAGCUUCAUCUGUCGCUAUCAUGGUAAAGCAGUGGCUCCGUGAGUUCCAGCGUGGCGUGUCAGGAACUUCUCGUGCAUCAGCACGAGACCGUCAACAUCGCUUGAACAAUCUCCUGAAGUGGCAAGUUCCAGCAAUCGUCGCUGCACUUCCG